AUGCAUAUAUUCCUUAAAUUACCCAAAGAAAUAUUGUCAUUAAUCUUUAGUUACAUCGAGGAUCUCUCAAUUAUUGAAAGCUUAUUAUUCAUACCAGGUUUACAACAUAUUGCAUUAGAGCAAAAAUACUCAAAAUUUGAUAUUGAUAGUAACAACAAGUCAAUUGAAAAGUUAGUGUUACUUUCUAAAAAAUAUGAGUUUAUACCUUCAUUUGUAAUUGGAACUAUAAAUCAAAUCAAUCAAUUGAUUGAUAAACCAGGAUUUAAAUUAGCCAAUUAUGAAGUAAAAAUCUUACCGAAUACUAGAUUCAGUGAUUUUGUAUCAAUUUUAAAUAAAGUUAAUGUUAUAGGUAUACAUUUGGAUCAAUUAUUAGAACCUUCUUUUGGAACUUCAAAGAAGAAUGAGAUUAAAUCGUUUUUAAAUUAUGUUGGAACUAAGAAUUUACAAUCAUUGACUACAUCUCAUUUGAAUAUGUUCAAAGUUCAAUUUCCAACAUCUUUAAAGCAAAUAACAUUAAAUGGAGGUCAGAAUUUUGAAUUAGAUUUACGUGAUCUACAUUACCUAGAAUGUUUUAAUUGCAAAAAUCUUGAGAAUAUGAAUUCAUUAGAAAAUUUCCAACUUCCGUUAUCUAUCAAAAACUUAAGAGUUUAUUCUUGCGAUUUCAACAGUCUAGGUAAUUUAAUCAAGUAUAUUAAAUUAAAAUUACUUCAAAUAGCCUAUUGUCCUGAGAUUUUUGAUAUUGUUCGUACUGAGUUUCCAAAUUCAUUGAUGAUUUUAAAUUUUGUUAGCAAUUUCCAAACAGAUAGAAUUAAUGAAUCAGAUGAAGAAGAGUUUGAUGACAUAUUAGAUGAAAAUGGGCGGAUCCGUAUUGAUGAUGAGUUUUUAUUCCCACCAAAUUUGAAAAAAUUAAGAAUUUAUGAUACGAUGCAAACUCUAGAAAUAGGUGACAUCAAUAUUUCAGAUUCACUCAGUUGUUUAGAAUUAAAAAAUAUAGGUGCAGUAGAUUUAGAUCGAUUUCUAAUCAAUGUACCAGAGAAGAUGCUGGAAAUCAUUAUUGAGGAUUGUCGAAUUGUGUAUUCAGGAAAUCAAGUUUCAUUUCCUGAGCUGAAGCUGAUCAGACUUACUAACAAUAAAAUAUGUUUCGAACCUUUUGUUACAAAUUUAAAUCAGUUGAAGUUAUUAAAACAGUUGGAUAUAUCUGAUAACAUUUUUUCGGAUGCUGCAUCCGAAUACCGACUUGAUCCGCUUGAUAUUUUACCUCACAUGGAAAUAUCUCGCGUAGAAAGAGUAUGUUUUAAAGCACCACAGCUACAAAGUUUAGUCCUAAAAAGUCAAACACCAAUGGAUGCCAGUGAUCGUGACGAUCCGUCUGAAGUGUUAUUCAGAUGCAAAAAUUUGACCAAAAUAGAAAUGACAAAUUUGAAUAUAAGCUUUUUGAACCUCAAUGAAUUUACCAAUUCAUUGAAAGAAUUGGUUAUCAAGAAUUUAAAAUUAGAAGAAAUGCAUGGCUUUCUUUUUAGAUUGGAUAAAUUAAAAAUUUUAGAUUUACAAAAUAAUCGAAUUACUUUUUCAAUGUUGGAACAUCAGAUUUUUCCAGCAAGUUUGAUUUAUAUAAAUUUAUCAAAUAAUGAAAUUGAAGAUUUACGUUGUUUGGAUUUAGAAAGUUGUGUACAUUUGAAAGAUUUGAUUUUGGAAAAAGUAACUGGAUAUGAUGAUCCGGUAGGUGCUACUCAAUUGAUGCAAUUAUUUUUAAACCGUGGUGCUGAUGCCAAAAUUAAUGUAAUUUUAACAAACUAUGAUUCAAAAGUUAUUUUCAAAAUUGUCAAUGGAGUUGAAGAAGAAUCAAUUUUAAAGUCUGUUCAUAAAAGAAGAAAAAAAUGUUAA